UCAUCUCGUCCGGCCUCCACAAAUACCACCACCAUGGCUAGAGCAGCGAGCUUCGCAAUAUUCUGCUGUGCGUUGACAUCAUGCCGGGCGUUCCAUACCCCUGUCACCACGACAUCCGGACGUAUGUCGGUGAGACGAGAAUCUUCUACAGCUCAGCAAGAGUGCUAUCGCAGCGGCCGAAGGCCUCGCUCCAGCCUGAGCAUGAAGAACGAGGCAACAGCUGAGGGGGUGACUGAUGCUCCUAUCGUGGAGGAAGGCUCGGCCACUGCUACUGCUGCGAGCAAGGCGGACGGGACGCCGAAGAAGAAGAUGAUUAGUAGACAGGACCUCUACGAGAAACAACCCAAGCCGCACAAGAAGAAGGCACUGACCCCGCAGGAGCAAAAGUACCUGGACAAGAUGGCGAGCGCGCCGAUCAUAUACAAGCGCAAUCCGGAGCAAGAGUUCUACCCGUCAGUCGGGUAUGAGAGCUCUUACCCGACCCUGGAAGAGUCUCUCAAGGAAGGCUACACCGGCGACAGCACCGUCAUUGGCGAAGACGGCAAGGAGGAGGUCCUAAUGCGCGUCGUCGUGGUCGGGGGGAGGGAGGCGGAGGGGGAGUUCCUGAAGAAUUUGGCGGAGAAGGGGCGCGGAGAGCUGGUAGACGGGCUCUACGCGCUAUGGGACCCAACGGAGGGCCCGGUACCGGAAACGAUCGCAAACAUUGAUCUCAUCAACGUUCACGAGCUCGGCUUCGUCAAAAAUCAGAAUCCGAAAGAGGUUGCGAAACACGCCUACUUCUUGGCGGCGAACAUGCUGGUGGCCGUCAGCAACCACCCAUCGUACGGAGACGACUUCGUGCCUCAGCUGAAGAAAGCCGCGCUAGACAACGGCUUGACCUUCGUGGGUCCCGACCUCGCAGCUGAGGUUGCCAAAGGCGACAUGGAAUCGUUCACCAAGUUGGUCCAGGCCACCAGAAAAGCUUUGGAGGAGGAUUAGCUUUUAUUUUCGGGGACCGACGUUGUUCGAUCGAGCCAGAUGUACGCGCAAACGUUUUUGAUUCAGCUGAACACCCAAAUUCCCAUGUCACGCAAUGGCAGGCUGCCAGGUCGGCAGACGUGCUUGAUGAGCAGUUUGUAGUGGUCGUGAGUAGUGAGCUGCUUCGCUUGAUCAAGUGGCGAUAACCUUUUCCAUAACAUAUAGGGUAGAGUCGGAUAGUUGAUAGAUAGAGGGGCACUGUCAUCGCAAGCACAUUGCUUUCAAUACCGGUAAUGUGUCGGCGUUAAUAGAACUGUUGACAUAGGAGUAGGGUUACUCACCUUACCUGGAGCCCGCUCCCCGUUUUCUGUUCCUGCUUGACGCCGCUAGAGCGAGUGAUAUUGUGAGAAAAGGAACGGCGUGCGUCCGUGAAAGCACACCGUGGAAGCAAUUACCGGUAAAUCGUGUCACCGGCAGGGUCCGCCAUGAUGCCCACGAUGAAGGCGGCCAAAUACAUAUUUCAACCCUUGAGGACAGGGAAACUGUCCCUUGAUGUCGCGUUAUGCGAAAAUCAAUAGAUGCUCCAAACGCAUUGCUCAUGUUCUUGGGCUCGUAGGCACGGGUGU